AUGCCUCUACGAAACCUACCCCGGGGCGCAAUUGCGCCAAGGAUCGUUGGAGGAGGGGCGUUCUCGCGACAAUGCGGACCUGGUGCGGGAGUGGGAAGAAUAAUGCAGAGACGCUGGGCAAGCAAUGAUAAGAAGAUGGGCAAGGACGAAGAGAAGCCUUUUUACCUGCAGUUGAACGAGAGUAUCUACGAGCGUGUGCAGAAAGAGAAGGCCGAGCAGAUCCAAAUUCAGUCUAUGCAGCAGAGAACAGCCAGAGGGCAAUUCUUUGCGACAGUCGUCGCAUGUCUUCUCACCGCCGGCAUAGGCUACUACUAUGGCCAAAUGAUACCACCCAAAGCAGACAACAGCUCGACCGCGCCGCUCGAAACUUUCAACCCUCCCAAACACAACAUCUCCGAAGCGAACAUGGAAGCAGCAUGGGUAGACUUCCGCGACAUUGUUGGUGAGGAGAACAUUACAAUAGACAAGAACGACCUGGAAUCGCACAGUGGAUCUUCGUGGUCGUCGCAUCCAGCUGAACCAGGCGAUGUACCGUUUUGCGUUGUCAAGCCGGGUAGCACUUUGGAGGUCAGCGCGAUUAUGAAGAUCUGCCACGAGCGCAAGAUUCCCGUUACACCAUACAGUGGAGGCACAAGUCUGGAGGGACAUUUUGCGGCGACAAGAGGUGGCAUUUGUAUCGACUUCAGUCGCAUGGACAAGAUUUUGAAGCUACACAAGGAGGACAUGGACGUUGUUGUGCAGCCGGCAGUGGGGUGGGAACUGCUCAACGAGGAACUUUCCAAGGACGGCCUUUUCUUUCCCCCUGACCCAGGUCCAGGCGCAAUGAUCGGUGGCAUGGUUGGGACAGGAUGCUCAGGCACGAAUGCGUAUCGGUACGGCACAAUGAAGGACUGGGUCAUCUCGCUCACGGUAGUGCUAGCAGACGGAACUGUUAUUAAGACACGAAAAAGACCACGAAAGUCAUCGGCUGGAUACGACCUUACGCGAAUGUUCAUCGGUAGCGAGGGUACAUUAGGUCUCGUCACAGAAGCGACGCUCAAAGUUACUGUCAAGCCACAACACACUAGCGUAGCCGUAUGCGCCUUCCCAUCCGUUCGUGCAGCAGCAGAUUGCGUGUUCAAAGUCGUUGGCGCCGGCGUACCUAUCGCAGCCAUUGAGAUUCUAGAUGAUGUUCAAAUGCAAUGCAUCAACGACGCCGGUCAAACCUCCAAAACAUGGAAAAACGCACCGACUCUCUUUUUCAAGUUCGCCGGUACCCAAAGCUCCGUCAAGGAGCAAAUCAGUCAAGUCCAGGGUCUAGCUAAGAAGUCUGGGUCUGUGAGCUUUGAAUUCGCAAAAUCAGAACAAGAAAAAGAAGACCUCUGGCAGGCCAGGAAAGAAGCCCUAUGGAGUGUCAUGGCGAAGGCUGGGGGUGAUCCAGACAUGGGAGUCUGGACUACCGAUGUCGCCGUCCCCAUAUCAAAGUUACCCCAAAUUAUUGAAGAAACAAAAGAGAAGAUCAAGCAAAGCGGGCUCUUGGCCAGCAUCGUCGGCCACGUUGGUGACGGAAACUUUCACUCAAUCAUCCUUUACAAUCGCAACCGCGACCAUGCAAAGGCAUCACACCUUGUCCACGAAAUGGUCAAACGCGCCAUCGAACUAGAAGGCACUGCUACGGGCGAACACGGUGUUGGCCUCGUCAAGAGAGAUUAUUUACCCCAUGAAGUUGGGCAAACGACCGUCGAUGCCAUGAGGCAGCUCAAGAAGGCGUUUGACCCGCUUUGCUUGCUGAACUGCGAUAAAGUUGUUCGAGCGACGCUGCCGAAGAAAGGCGAGGUAGCCGAAUGGUGA